GUCCCAAUAAAAACUGAGGGCAUGCGAGGAAGUGACACAUGCCCACCCAACCCACAAAAGCCCACCGGUUAUCAGUAUUAACAACUUCAACCUGGGUGGCCUGGUGGGAUUGGACGAUGAUCCGGUUGCCCAUUUGAAUAAAGUUGCGGGCUUCAACAGACUACUUGUGCGAUUGCGCCAUCGGGUGAAAAGUGAAAAGAAACAAGAGGAGGUUUUUCUGUUUCUUCUGCGUCUACCGGGGGCUGCGUGCGACAUCGUAUUAGCAGCACACAGAGAGAGAGAGAGAGAGAGAGAGAGAGAGAGAGAGAGAGUCCACCAUCACCACCAUGGAGGUGUUGACGAUCCCCACCGACACAUACAAGCUUGGAUUUAUCGGAGCAGGAAAAAUGGCGGAGAGCAUCGCCAGAGGAGUCGUGCAAUCCGGCGUCUUGCCUGCUUCUCGUAUCCGUACCUCCCAUUCCAAUCCUGCUCGUCGUAAAGUCUUCGAGUCCUUCGGCGUUCAACUUCUUCCUCGAAACCACGACGUAGUUGAAGACAGUGAUGUGGUGAUUUUCUCUGUAAAACCUCAAGUGGUUAAAGAUGUAGUCUUGCAGUUGAAGCCACUGCUUUCCAAAAAGAAGCUUCUGGUUUCAGUUGCUGCUGGAAUCAAAUUGAAAGAUCUGCAGGAAUGGGCCGGCAACAAUCGAUUUAUAAGGGUAAUGCCAAACACUCCUGCUGCUGUGGGUGAGGCAGCAUCAGUUAUGAGCUUGGGUGCAGCUGCGACAGAAGAAGAUGGAGACCUAAUAGCCAAAUUAUUUGGAUCAGUUGGCAAGAUAUGGAAAGCUGAUGAUAAAUUAUUUGAUGCAAUCACUGGCUUGAGUGGUAGUGGCCCCGCGUAUAUAUAUUUGGCAAUAGAGGCUUUGGCAGAUGGAGGAGUGGCAGCAGGACUGCCACGAGAACUUGCGUUGGGUCUAGCAUCUCAAACUGUACUAGGGGCAGCAACUAUGGCCAGUAAAACUGGGAAGCACCCUGGUCAACUCAAAGAUGAUGUUACAUCUCCUGGUGGGACUACCAUUUCUGGAAUUCACGAAUUAGAGAAGGGUGGAUUUCGUGGAGUAUUAAUGAAUGCAGUCGUCGCUGCUGCUAGGCGCAGCCGGGAGCUUUCAUCAUAGAGCUUGUUGUAGUUAUUUAUCUCCAAAUCCAUGUUGGUGGUAAUGGCAAUGCGCUUGCAAAUGUCACCCUUUCAAACUCAAAAUAUUUCUUCCAGAAGCUCUUUGUCUGUUUUUCUCUUAGUUUAUAGUCGGAAUUGAUUUAUCAGGAGGAAGAAGAUUGUCACUCAAGUUAUCUUCUAAAAGUUUUUGGAAAUUUUAAUACUAUACUGUAUUUCUUUUC